AUGGAAGCUUCACACCACCACUACAAAUUUGACUUCAAUGACACCUCCUACAAUGACACCACCACCUACAAGGACCUACAUGAAAAAGUUGCUCUGUCUGAAGCGUUAUACUUUUGCGUGAAAUUUAGUGUUGGGCUAAUAGUCUCAUACCCGAUUUCAUGGGCUGUGAUCUUGAUAGGUUUUCCUCUGACCGUGCUGGCCAUCUAUUCUCUGUACUCACAGGUGCGAGACGACCAUGUUGCACCGAUCUUUGUCAUCAACCUUCUGAUCACAGACCUCAUCAAGAUCUGCUGCAUGGUGAUCUGGGUGGUGAUCCGGAUAAUGGUGCAGCGGGUGGACGGGGUGGAAAGCUGGAAAUAUUAUAUGGUCGACUGUGUCUCUAGAUUUAUCUACUACAGUGCUGUGUUGGCCAGUGUUGUCUUCAUGGUGUGUGUUGCCCUGGAAAGGUAUUUGGUUGUCGCCCGGCCUCUGUGGUACUGCCUCAGACGCAGCAUCAAGUUCUCUGUGUUGGUCUCCAUAAUGGCUUGUGUCUUUUGUUUCAUUGAGUUCAUUAUAUCACUUUUUGUGCCCAUUUCCCGCUUCAUAUCCCUCCUCCCCCUCCCUCUGCUAAUCUUCUCCCUGGCUGGGACAUUAAAAGCCCUGCCUGCAGCCAUUUCUCUCUCUCUUAAGGAAAAACGUCAGAUCGUUGGAACUUUAGUCCUGGUGCUGCUGAACUACACACUCUUGUUCUUGCCCUGGAUCAUUUGGCUCCCAUUAAGGAUGAGAGGAAGGGAAGAACAGGGCCAGGUAGCCACAUAA